CCCAGUGAGAGAGCUGCAGAGAGGCAGCACGAGGAGAGUAACAGCAGAAAUUCAUCCAGCUCCUCAGCAUCACUGAAGACGACAACAACUUACUGACACUCUGGAAACCACAAGAAUUUCCUUCAUCUAUUUCUUCUUCUUUUCUUAGGGACAUACAGUAAGAGACAUGGAAAUAUCCCAAGAUGAAGGUUUAAUGGAGCUGAAGGAACACUGAGUCAGACCUGUGCUGUUUUGUGCAGGACUUGGAGACUAACUGACAGUUUCCACUGAGGUCUUGUGCAAACAGAAGGAGAAAGAAUGUAAGGAAUAUUUCAGCUCUGUGGAGGGCUGACACUGUUAUUGCACAGAGGAAUGUUUUCACUACGAGUCAGGAGUUUGAUAUUGCCAGACUGAAGUGUGUGUGAAGGAAAGAGAAGUUAGUGAGGUGUCUGUGGGUAACACACUCAUAAACUCAUCAGAUAUCAUCAUGUUCAUCAUCCAUCUCUGUUGACCGCCGAUACUCUCCCAGGUGACAAGACGGCAACGAUACUCGAGGACGUACACACACACACGGUGAGUGAAUCUGUGCAGUUCUGACAUUCAGGGUAAACCUGCAGAUUCUCAGCUCAGCUCAUUAAAAUGUGACAAACUGAUAAAGUUUUGUGAUAAUAUGGGAUGAAGCUGCAAAGGUUAGAGCUUAUUUCCUUGUAUUCUCGGCCAUUUGCAUUGUGGAACUCAAAGACUAAAGCUCAUACUUUGAAGCGUUGAGAUGAAAUUUUAUCUUGUAACACCCUAAACAUCAUAUGGACCUAAUAUUUUUUAACCUGAGUGCAACUUGGAUGGGAAACCUGCUGUUUCCGCUGCUCAGGCUUCAAAUGGAUUCUACAACCAGACGAUGAGGAGAUGCUUCUUGUAAAACAGCCUGAACAUAUGUGAAUCAAAAUCAACAUUUGGCUUCAGCUGGAACAUUUCUGUUUUGCUUUCCCAGGGGUGCAUGGCACAGACCCAGUGAUUUAAUUUGUAUCUAUUCAGCAUUGUUCUUUGAAAGUGAACAGCUGCUGUCUAUUUUUGUUUCCCUUGUGUGGAAAAAAUCAUCAUCUCCUGAGCGUCUGGCAAACAAUUUGAGGCUUGAAAGUUUCCUACGAGAUGAUGGAGGCAACAUGUGACAGAACAUUUUGAAUGACCAAAGUGUUAAAUGGUGUUAUGUUCAUGGUGGCCACCUGGGGAGGAAAUGGAAACAAGACUUUCCCCUUGCAUCUUCCACCCUGACCCAUUUUCCAGGCAGCGGCGCUCCGGCGCUUCACUCUCUGGCUGUGACGGUGUUACCGGGCAGACACCAUGAACCUGCGUGGUGCCAACGUGUCAAAGGUGAUCUCCAACACUCUCAGAGCUGUUACCACUGUGGAGUCCAGCCCAUGGUCUCCACGUGGUUUUGAGGAAAGCAUCAAUAAUGUGACCAACCCGGGGUGUCAUGGGAACAAUAUGGUCCAUAACAGCAUCGAUGCCCAGCUGGGCAACUGGUCUUAUCAUAAUGCUGGAGGAGUUUAUGGUGAGGACAGGAUUUAUGGACCUCGGUGUCCUGCCCAAGAAACGGGCCUGGAGAAGAACUGGGCGGCACUGCUGAUUCUAGUCAUCAUCGCCGUCACGGUCAUGGGCAACGUCCUGGUGAUCCUCGCCGUCUCCCUGGAGAAGAAGCUGCAAAAUGCCACCAACUAUUUCUUGAUGUCACUGGCAGUCGCCGACAUGCUCCUAGGCAUCUUGGUCAUGCCGGUCUCCAUGGUGACCAUUCUCUACGAUUAUGGGUGGCCCCUGCCCUCUGACCUUUGUCCCAUUUGGAUCUACCUGGACGUCCUGUUCUCCACGGCGUCUAUAAUGCACCUGUGUGCCAUCUCUCUGGAUCGAUACAUCGCUAUACGAAACCCCAUCCACCACAGCCGCUUCAACUCCCACACCAAGGCCAGAAUCAAGAUCAUGGCAGUGUGGACCAUUUCAGUGGGGAUAUCCAUGCCAAUUCCUGUGCUGGGACUCAGAGACCACUCCAAGGUCUUCAAAGAUGGCAGCUGCCUGCUGACUGAUAACAACUUUGUGCUGGUUGGCUCCUUUGUGGCCUUCUUUGUGCCCCUCACCAUUAUGAUUGUCACUUACUUCCUGACCAUCAACGCCCUGCAGAACGAAGCCACCCUCUGUUUGGACCAACUGGUCCCGAGGCCAAAAUGGAGUACGACAUUCACCUUGAGCUUCUUACCGCAAUCCUCGUUGUCCUCUGAGAAACUCUUCAGGCGCUCAAUAAGCCGGGAGGCUGGCAGCAGAGGAAGCAGCAGCGGCCUGGGAGGCAGCCGAGGGAGCGUCUCCAGCUCGCUGUUUGGCCGCCGCACUAUGCAGUCAAUCAGCAAUGAGCAGAAGGCGUCCAAGGUCCUUGGGGUAGUGUUUUUUCUCUUUGUAGUCAUGUGGUGUCCGUUCUUCAUCACCAAUGUGCUGGUGGUGGUGUGUGACCCGGUGGUGUGUGACGCAGGACUCAUGGGAGGUCUGUUGAAUGUGUUUGUCUGGGUCGGAUACUUGUCCUCUGCAGUCAAUCCACUGGUCUACCGCUACAUUCGCUGCCAGUACCAGCCCAAGAAGAAACCUCUGCAGCUCAUACUGGUGAACACCAUACCGCCACUGGCUUAUAACUCCACCCAGCUGCCCUUGGAUGACAUCGGGAAGCUACGAAAUGGAGAGGUGCACUCCAGUGCUGAAAUGAAGGAGUUCGCUUUACCUGGACAGGAAACAAAGAAGUCUAGGUCGAACAAACUUCACAAAGAUGAAAGCUCUGUGUGAGAGCAGCUAGUGGAGCCCCCCUGAAACAGAAGGUCGUCAGUCGUGUGCAAGUCAUGGAGCAGACAAACUGUUCGUGACUUCUGUGGUCACAGCAUUCUGGGAACCAAAGUUUCAAGGUUUGAAGUGCCAAAGACACUGAGGACAUGUAUAAAACUGGGAAUAUAGAAAAAACCUUCACCUUUCAGUGCAAUAUGAACAUUUUCAGAGCAAGCUAAGAAGAUUUCACUUGUCAGAUUCAGUUGACUUCUGAUCUUUACCAUCCCUGUCAGGGUCAGCUGAAUUUAGUUUGAGAGAGAAAGAAAAACAUACCAUUUCUCACUUAAUCCCUUUAUAAAAUAUUGACUACAAAUAUUUUCCAGAUUAAAAGGAGGCACGGUCCAUGUGAAUGAUGUGAGACACUCUUGGGCAUUUCACUACUUCAGACAGAAUCUACUCAUUUUGCAACAAGCUGCUUGGACAUGGAUGCUCAGCUGCAGUGACCUCGGCUACCCCUUCAUUCACUGAGGUGGCCUCUACCUCCCGUCACACCUUUGGGUGGAUCAGCAGGGAUUAGACUGAUUUUCCUGCCACCUCAUUAGAUGUUAACGUCAGAGAGGGAGCUCCAGGAUGAACUUGACAACCCCGAGCUCUAGACACAUGCAAAAGUAAGAGAAAGCUGCAGAGGGAGAGAGAGGCUCCUACGGUGACUGUGUUUUCUGUGGAAAACAACAACAUGGAGAAUAUAAGGUUGAAAGCACAGGCUGAUGAGGUGAUGAUGCUACAGAGACAAUGGCGUAAAUAAAUCUAUAUUUGUAUUUUGUGCAGAUAUGUGAAUAAGUGUAUCUGAUUGCUGAAGAUAAAAAGACUCUCCUUUAAGUGAUGAGAUGAUUAUUGUUACUGUGAUCGUGCAGUAUGAUGAUCAAAUUAUGAGUUUAGCAAGCAGGAAAUGAGAGGGUUUAAGUCAAAUGUAUCACUUUUUAUUGUGUUCUUGCCAAACUGUCAAUGCACCCGUUUUCCAGAGUUUUUCUGAAAUAUCAAGUUUUAUCUGUUUAUCCAACAAAUGGCCUGGUGGUUGGUCGCCACAUGUUUGAAUACUGAUUUAAAAUCUGCUAAUAUGAACCUGCUGUGUAGGAUUGAGGAAGGACAAAAGCUGGAUUAAUGCAUAAAGUUGAGCUUCUGCCAUGGAUGUAUUAUCAUACCAGAGCUGCAGACUUGGAUUUGCCCUCCAAGAUUGCAUACAUGACAUAUACUUGAUCCAGAUACUUAGAUAUCCUCCACUUUAGUGGAAGGAGGAGAAACAGAUGCACUAACCCCAGUGGCUUGACAAGUAUAAAUCUGUUUCACGUCUGACCACACUGAAGUACCGUGUUAAACUGCUGAUCUACUUGCUUUUAACUACGCAUUCAUAUCAUGGCUACCUCACAUAUCCUGCGUUCCUAGGCAUGUCCUGAGAAAUUUAUGCAAUGCACUGAGAUUCAGUUCAGCACAUGACCAGUGGGUGCAGUAAAUGAGGCCAGCACAUAUAUGUGUAUAUAUAACAGAUGGAUGAUGCUCACCACUUCCCUCCACUAUGCAUAAGUGGAGCCAAAAUGGCGUGAAUAUGGCGGCUGCCACUUUGACAUUUUGCAACCAGAUUCUGUGGAGCGGCAACCGAGUAGUUGAGUGACGUAUCAGACAGCUAAUCAAAGCUGACAAAUCAUCAAAUAACUGAUUAUAAACAAACUUAGCAGAAAAAUGACCACUUGUUCACACAUCAGUGCUAUCCACCUAAAACACCAGAAAUCACCUUUAGGAAAAAUGUAUCUAAUUUGUCCUUAUGUAAUUUUUAGUGUGGCUCAUCCACUAACAUGGAGGAAGUGGGACCUAUGACUUAUAGUGCAACCAGCCACCACAGUGGCUUCACUUCUGAGAGCUGUCAGGUUGUCCAUCUUUCUGUGCAGUCUAUGGGCCAGCAGCGGUUCUGGAUCCACACAUAAGUGGAAGAAAGCUUUGAAGAGAAACUCAUAGAUCUGACAAACCUCCACACUGCUGUCACUGCCGUUUCCUCUUAUCUCAUCACCACAAACACUGCAACCUUCUUGAGUGUUUCUAGUUUGUGUUUACAUUGUGCAAAGACUGAAGCUGAGCGGAAACUAGUUCAUUUUUUGCCAGGGAUGAUUAGGCCCUCAUCUGCAACCUAAUGGAUUUCCUUCUUACACUGACACAGGUGUCGGAGCUGUUGGCUAUGUGUAUGUGCUAGUAAAAAGCAAAUGUAUCACAACUACACAUUGUAUGGAAAAAGCAUGAUGUUACCACUAGGAAGCAGAACAAGCGUAGUUCAGUUGGUAAACCGGUACAGCGACUUUUCAAAUUAAUCAUGGAAAUAGUAAUGACUGACAUUUUUUGCAGGUGUAGGUGUCAGAUCAACAGUUUAACAGACAUGGUUUUAAUAAUGGCAGUCUGCAGUUUUGCUACAUCCAUGGCUAGUACAACGAUUUUAUGGAGGAGUUUACUUCCAAGAUGCUAAAUAUCCAUUUACUAUGCCUGGCUUGUAAAGGACUUGUAAUUUUACUAGCCAGUAACAUUUUUAAAACAUCAUGGCACCGGUUUAAACUUUCUACCACAAAUAAAUGAGUAGAAACAGAC